AUGUCAGAAUUUGAGAUGUUGCAAAUGAAGGAUGACGACACUAUUGAUUCAUUCACCGCAAAGAUCAAUAGUAUCGUUACCCGAGCAACAGAAGUAGGAUCGACUAUGAGUCAACCGACUCUAGUACGCAAACUCCUAAAUGGCGUACCGGAUAGGUUUACUCAAAUCGUUGCCUCUAUGGAACAAUACUCCGAUAUAGAAACCAUGACGCUACAAGAAGCAAUCGGAAGGUUAAAGACAUAUGAAGAACGUCUCAAGUUAAAGAAACGAAAUCAAGGGGAAAGCCAAGAUAGGCUUAUGUUUACACAUCAGGAUAACAACAGAGGAAGGCAAUUUGGAAACCGCGGUCGUGGUAGGUUUAACCAGACGCGUGGAAAUUGGCGAAACAACGGAAAUAGGCAAAGUCCCAGAAACGAAGGAUCUACAUCAAGGCCUAGAAAUGGAAAUUCAAGAAACUGGAGGAAGUUUGCAAGAACCGACUUAAGUAAGAUCCAAUGUUUUAAGUGUCAAAAGUUUGGACACUACAGGAAGGAUUGUUCUGAGAAAGACGAAGUGCAAGAGCAUUCAAACCUCGUCGAGGAAGACGAAGCACCCGUAUUGUUAAUGACAAUACAAGAAGAAAAUGUUCAAGAAAAGGCUCUGCUAAACGAGGAACAGAUAAAACCAGCAAGUUAUGCCUCAGGAGCUAUGGUACUUAGACAACGGGGCCAGCAACCACAUGACAGGAGUGCGAAGUCACUUCAGGGAAUUAGAUGA